AUGGCGACGCCGUCUCACAUUCAAGCUGUCAAGUCUCUCAACAAAUCCCCUUCCCAUCUCAUGAUCUUGACGUCAUCAUGGUCAUAUAUUAUGAUGUACCUGCAGAAAUAUCUAAUACACAACCCCUCAGAGGUGCUUAAGGUCACAUCAAAAUUGAGGUAUUAUCCGAAGGAAUAUGUUAGAAAAUUCAUGGCAGAGGCAAUGUCAUUUGUUUUGAGAAAUGCCCCAGAUCAGCAGCUGGAAAGAGGAAUUAAAAAAGUCAUCAAAGAGGCAGUGAAGAAGCCAUACCGAGAGUCUUGUGUUGAAUUAUUGCUUUAUAAUAUUAUGAAAGGUUGUUCAUCAAGGCUCCAUUCGAAAGCAGAGCGAGUGUUACAAUUAUUGACAAGCGAAACAAUUUUUCACAUUGGUGGUGGAGCCGACCAAGAGUCAAGAACAACCAUUUUGGCCAUCAUAAAAUCUGUGUUUAAGAGAUUAUGUGAGACAAUGGAGCCCAAAGAGUUGAAUUUGGUAUGGAGUUGCUUAUAUAAGAAAGUGCAUGAAUGUGUUAAUACUGGAAACAUCAUGCAUUUAAGACGCAUUUUAUCAGUGCUUGUCUCAGGUGUAAAGGUGCAAAAAGGGCAAAAGGUGUCUGGACUAGAGCCAUUGAUUUCAUGGAGAGUGCAGUUUUCUUAG